AUGGACGCGGACUCCUGGACGACACUGGUCAAAAAGGCGUUUCUCGCGGGUCAAGAGGUUUGCCGCGAACGCAAGAAUCCGCAGCUCGACCCGCUGCACCUGCUCGAGGCGAUGCUGCAAGACAAACAAAGCUUCGCCACCCAAGUUUUGUCUCAGUGUCCAGGCGACUUCGAGCAACUCAAAGAAGAUGUCCACCUUGCUGUUCUCAAGUUCCCGCAGCAACACCCGCCGCCAGAUUUCCCGAGCCCGAACCACUCGCUCAUGGCGGUCCUCAGGCACGCAAAAGACAUCCAGAAAAAAAUGAACGACUCGCUGAUGUCUGCAGACAGCUUGUUUUCGGCGUUAGUCCAGGAGAAGGGCAUCCGAAGUCACCUGACGGCCGCUGGGUUCAUGAUGAAGCAGAUCGAGGAGAAGGCGAAGAGUGUGCGGGGGUCGAAGAAGAUCGCCUCUUCAGACGACGACGCGAACUUCGAGGCCCUGAAGAAGUACGGCACCGACUUCACAGACCUCGCAGAGAAGGGGAAGCUGGACCCUGUCAUUGGUCGCGAAGACGAGAUUCGGCGAGUGAUUCGCAUCCUGUGUCGACGCACCAAGAACAAUCCAGUCUUGAUUGGAGAGCCUGGAGUCGGGAAGAGCGCAGUCGUGGAAGGUCUUGCGAGACGCAUCGUCGAGCACGACGUUCCGAGCAAUCUCCGCUGCAGACUCGUUUCUCUCGACGUCGGCUCCUUGAUCGCCGGCGCCAAGUUCCGCGGAGAGUUCGAGGAGCGAUUGACUGCGGUGCUGCAGGAAGUGAAAGACGCAGCCGGAAAAAUCAUCCUCUUCAUCGACGAAAUACACGUCAUCCUCGGAGCAGGAAAGACCGAAGGCGCCCUCGAUGCUGCAAACCUGCUCAAGCCCAUGCUCGCAAGAGGCGAGUUGAGGUGCAUCGGCGCCACGACUCUCGACGAAUAUCGCAAGUAUGUGGAGAAAGACGCAGCCUUCGAGAGACGUUUUCAACAAGUUCAUGUCCGCGAGCCUUCAGUCCAAGCGACGAUUUCCAUUCUCCGCGGUCUCAAAGAUCGCUACGCGUCUCACCACGGAGUUAGGAUUCUUGACUCUGCUCUUGUUGAAGCUGCUCAACUCGCUGAUCGCUACAUCACAAGUCGCUUUCUGCCGGACAAAGCAAUCGACCUGAUGGAUGAAGCAUGUGCAAUUGCUCGAGUCCAAGUGGACAGCAAACCUGAGGCGGUAGAUGUCCUCGAGCGCCAGAAAGUGCAACUCGAAGUCGAACUGCUUGCGCUGGAGAAGGAGAAAGAUCCUGCCUCCCAGAAGCGCCUGGCAGAGGUCAAAGAGCACCUAGGGGAGGUCGCAGACGCUCUGCGGCCACUGUAUCUGCAGUACCAGCAAGAGAAGGCGCGCAUCGACGAGCUUGGAAAGCUUGCGCAGAAGCAAGACGAGCUGAAGGCGAAGAUCGAACGCGCUCAGAGGGUGGGAGACCUGGAUCUCGUCGCCGAGCUCCGCUUCGACGCCUUGCCUGGGGUGGAGGCGAGGUUCAAAAAGCUGCAGGAAGAACAGGAGGAGUACGAGCGCACCCACAAACCUCUUCUUACUGAGGUCGUGGGUCCGGAACAAAUCGCAGAUGUCGUCCACCGGUGGACGAACAUUCCAGUCCAGAAGCUGACCCAGACGGAGACCGAGCGUUUUCUGACUUUGGGGAAGAGCCUCGCCGAGCAAGUGAUUGGCCAGCCACAGGCAGUCGAGGCAGUGACUCAGGCUAUUCUGCGGUCUGCAGCGGGACUGUCGAGGCGGAAUCGGCCAAUUGGUAGCUUCCUUUUCCUCGGACCGACGGGUGUGGGGAAGACGGAGCUGUGCAAGCGCGUGGCGGAGUCUCUGUUUGACUCGAAAGAACGUCUCGUUCGCUUCGACAUGAGUGAGUACAUGGAGCAGCACUCUGUGUCGCGACUCAUUGGAGCACCGCCGGGCUACGUUGGACAUGACGAGGGUGGUCAGCUGACUGAAGAAAUUCGCCGCAAUCCCUACAGCGUCGUCCUCUUUGACGAAGUGGAGAAGGCGCACUCUCAGGUGUGGAACGUCUUGUUGCAAGUUCUGGACGACGGCCGCCUGACGGACAGCCAAGGCCGCACAGUCGACUUCUCAAACACGAUCAUCAUCCUCACUUCGAACCUCGGCGCCGGCUUCCUUAUCGAGGCUGCGCAGCGCGUCGACCCCGUAGAGCCACGCGCUGCAGAAGCAGCCGCGACGGAAAUGGUCAUGAUGGAAGUGCGGAAGUUCUUCAGGCCGGAACUGCUGAAUCGCCUCGAUGAUAUUGUCAUUUUCAAGGCCCUCACAGACGUCAAUUUACGCCAGGUGAUGAAACUUCAGAUGCAAGAAGUCCGAGAACGUUUGGCUGAGAAACGAAUUGAACUGACAAUGACAAAUCGUGCCGCAGACCACAUAGUGAAGGAGGCGUUCGAUCCUGCCUACGGCGCGAGGCCUCUUAAACGGUUUAUCGAGAGACAUGUUGUCUCCGACCUUUCCCUGAAACUUCUAAAAGGAGAAAUCUUCGCGGACUCCCAUGUCGUUUGCGACUGGGACGAGAAACGCCGCGGUUGGGUCUGGACAACGUCGGCUCUUGAGGUGCCUCCGAGUGCACAGAGAGUUCCAGGGCAGCAUGUCGAAGCUGACAUGGAUGACGAGAGCUUGACUCCCGACUCCAGAACGCUUUCUCUCGGAAGUCGCACUGACAGCUACACCAAUCGAUCCUCCGCUAUGCACGAGACGAAUGUCAAGAAAUUCAGAUAUUGACUCACACCGCAGUUCCUAUUUCAAGACGAAGCACCUCCCAUUUUUAGCUAACGAAGAACGUUCUUCACGCUUGAAGAGAAUUAUGUACUCAAUGAUGCAGAGGAAAUCCUGUACCAGCGAAGGAAGACCGAAACGCAAGUCGAGGUAGACGGACAUCCCUCUAAGUGCUUGGCAUAUGGCACACCCCUGCUGUAUGGGUGUGGGUGGCGACCCGCACUGUACUACACGCCGAAGUUCUUAUUUACGCAAAAUCAAAAACGCACACACACCUUCGUCACGGCCGACGCUACACACGUGUAUAUAAAUAUAAAGAAACGCUUAAACAUGGCUCUGUGCAUGUUAAAGUGUGUAGACAAAGGUGUGCGCACACAGCGAGGCGUUCUAUCGAUAAAUGGAGCUCAACGGUAUCGCCAAGGAUGCACAACGUGACAGCACCUGUGAUGGCUGCAUUGGCUGUCGACUCGCCUCGUUAAUGAGUAGAAAGCGAAUCAGCAGGAACAUCCACAGCAUUACCACUGUAACUCGAUCUUGGACGGACAUCAGUCGUUACGUUCGGCUCUUUCUGUGAGGAAGAGUUGCUCAGUGUGUUUGUAUAAAUAUAAUUUUACUUGCAUUGCCUUUGCUGUCGUCAGUGCACUUGGUCGAUUUCGGUGCGUUUCCGGCUGAGACGUGUUUUCGAAUUCCCCGUGAUAACAUGGGCAGGACUUUUCCUGAAACUGUGUGUGUGCG